AUGGACGCGGAGGACGCAGACGACGAGGAGGGCGAGCUGCCGACGGUGUACGACCUCAUGCAGGAGGUGGCGCGGCUGCAGCAGGCAGUGCGCGACCUCGGCGACGAUGACCCCAGCAUCUUCGCGGACGACUAUGCGGCGCGCGACUCAUUUUCGACCGAGCGCACGCCGCCGCGCUACAGGCAGAAGAUUCGCACAGCAAGCGGCGGCUCUGACACCCUGUCAAGAUCCGGGAUCUACUCAGGCAGGAAGAUCACGACCAAUGUGGGCAACAUGUCGCCAUACAAGAACGUCAACGCCAUGGCGCGCGCCGAGUUUGAGAGCUUGGGCGGACUCAAGACGCCGCCGCCGAGACGCCGAGAGACGUUGACUCCUGCUUCCUCUCGCACGGUGCCGCGCCCCACGCGCGUAGCAGCUCUGACUCGAGAGAAUAUCUCGCUGCUGCCGACGCCGAGGCCUCAGAACUUCACGGGCUCCGUUUGCGGCUCCCAGAAGUCGCGCUCGAGCAUCCGCACGGACGGCGGCGCCGUGUUCUCGAGGCUGUACCAGCCGGACUUCUACAAGAACCGGGAGGAGAAGUUGAAGAACAUGCGCGACCGGAGCGAGAGACUGAAUUGCUCGUUCACACCGCGCACAAACCGCCGCGACUCCAUUUCGUCGCGAGACUCAAUCGGCUCCGAAGCAUCAAUGCAGUCGGCCAAGACGGACGUCGUGAACGUUUCCAGCCGACUGUACGACCCAGACUACGUCCGCAAGCGCAACGUGCGGCUCCAGCGCAUGCGACAGGAGCGCGAGAUGCGCGAAUGCACCUUCACGCCCACCAUCAACGCCAACGCGACAGCUACGCCGCGCAAGAAGCUGUAG